AUUCAUAUUUUACUAAAUUGCCUGAAUUAUAUUUGCAAUUUUAGAGAAUUAUUAAUUUAUGAUUUUGAUGCGACUAUAUAUUUACAAACGGGUCUUUCUAAAAAUUAUUAUCUUAUUAUUUUAUUAAAAUUUAUAAUUUUUUUCAUUGGCCCAAGUAGGGAUGCAAAUGAGUCGGGUCGGGUACGGAUUUUUGGCAAACUCGAACCCGACCCGCAUAUAAUUUGCCCUACACAAACCCGACUAGUGAUCAUCGGGUCCGGGUUGGGUUUUACCAAGCGGGUUAGUGGGUUUUCGUCGGAUAAACGGGUAACCCAAAUCUUAAAUUUGAGUUUUACCCGACCCAUCUCCCGAUCCGUCGCUUUUAAUUCCGCCGAUCGAAUCUUCCUUGUCAGACGUCUGGGUCUAUCGGUGGACGGCCUCCGUCGCUCGUCCAUGGUGGUGCCGCCCUCGUCCCAUCUUCUGAAGCUUCGUCCUGGGUUGCAUGUCGGACAACGGAGAUGCUCCUCCUCCAUUUUUGGUUGCUCGAGUCCAGGUUUUGGUUGCGAUGGUCGUGGUGCAGUGUCGGUUCAUGGACGAGGCUGGGUCCACUGCAAUCGGCUUUUGCUGGGAUGCGGCUUCAUCUCCUUGCUCGCCCUCCUCGCCACCGAUCAGGACCUGCGCCUUUUCGCCGGCGAAGCGGCGAUUGGCAGAGGCCUUUUCCAAUUCGACACCCGGUUGUGUCAAUUGAAGGUUUGCUCUUGCUAUUGCUGCUUUAUACCGACAUCCGAUACCGACAUCCCCAUGACGUCGGUCUUGUCUGAAAUAGCAACAGGAAUCCUUGGCCAAGAACAAUCUUCCCAUGAAAAAGACAUAGAAAUACAUGAGGAUAUAGACCCAAGGAUGCAGUUCAAAGAUGGAAGUCAUCAUAUCCGAGCGGAACCUGUUGAAGAUAUUGAGAUCAUUUACGUGGACGGGUUAGAACAACAGAAGUCGUUGCGUAUUGGGGCCAACCUGCAGGAACCCCUUCGGUCAAGUUUGAUUCAAUUCCUCCAGUCAAACACUGAUGUAUUCGCAUGGAAGCAUGAAGACAUGAAAGGAAUCGACCCACAGAAGGCAUGUCAUCGUCUCAAUUUGGACAAGACUGUCAAACCGGUUAUUCAGAAACGUCGGAAAUUUAGUCCGGAUCGCCAGAAGGCUCUUGAAGAGGAAGUAAAUAAGCUCAUCGAUAAUAAAUUUGUUAAAGAAGCCAAGUACCCGACGUGGAUAUCGAACCCUGUUCUAGUUAAGAAAGCAACCGGCCUUUGGCGUCUUUGUAUAGAUUUCUCUGACUUGAAUCAAGCGUGCCCGAAAGAUAGCUAUCCCAUUCCACACAUCGAUUACAUGGUAGACGCUACGUCGGGACACCAACUUAUGAGUUUUUUGGAUGCCUAUUCAGGCUACAAUCAGAUUCCCAUGCACCCUGAUGAUGCUGAGCAUACCUCGUUCUAUUCAGCUCGAGGCCUUUAUUGUUACGUUAUGAUGACUUUCGGGUUGAAGAAUGCAGGGGCCACAUAUCAAAGAUUGGUCAACAAAAUGUUUGCUCGCUUAAUUGGCCAUACCAUGGAAGUCUAUGUAGACGACAUGUUGGUGAAGUCGGAGCAGGCUCCCGAUCAUAUUGCUCAUCUCUCCGAAGUCUUCGAUAUACUCCGAGAAUAUUCCAUGGUACUCAACCCCAAAAAAUGUACUUUCGGAGUUGGAUCAGGGAAGUUUCUAGGGUACAUGGUAAGCCAAAGAGGGAUCGAAGCCAAUCCCGCCAAGAUUCAAGCCAUACUUGACCUAGCUCCCCCGACAUCUCUCAAAGGCGUCCAAGCCUUAACUGGUCGACUGGCAGCUCUUAAUCGGUUCAUUUCGAAAUCUACAGAUCAUUGUAAACCAUUCUUUGACGCUAUCAAAAAGAAGAAGCCGUUUGAAUGGACCGUGGAAUGCCAGAAUGCUUUUGACAACAUUAAACAAGUUCUCUUGCAGUUACCAACGUUGCAAAAGCCACUUCCCGAUGAGCCUCUCUAUUUGUAUCUUGGUGUAAGUAACGUUGCUGUGAGUGCUGUCCUUAUACGUCAAGACGGACUUCAGCAGUUUCCAGUGUAUUAUAUUAGCAAGGCCUUGCAUGACGCUGAGUUGCGAUAUCCGCAUAUGGAGAAGCUGGCCUAUGCUCUGAUCAUUGCUGCACGAAAGUUGCGCCCAUAUUUUUUGGAGCACUCAAUUGUU